AUGGCGGCGCUGGUGCUGCUGCUGCUGCUGGCGGCGCUGGGCGGGCGGGCCGUGCUGCCGGGCGGGCGCUGCGCGGCGCCGCUGGCCGACCUGCGCUCGCAGAUCUCGGGCGUGGAAACGCUGCUGGAGGAGUUCCGCCGGCAGCUGAAGCAGGAGGAGCCGGGACCGCCGGCGACAGCGGGCGGCGGAGCGGGCGGCGGGGAGCUGUGCGGCGGGAGCGGCGGCUUCUCCGCCAGGCCCGACUCCAUCAUCCGCACCAAGGACUCCAUCGCGGCCGGCGCCACCUUCCUGCGGGCGCCCGGCGCCGUGUCGGGGUGGCGGCAGUGCCUGGACGCCUGCUGCGCCGAGCCGCGCUGCACGCUGGCCGUGGUGCAGGGGCCCGCCCGCCCGCGGGGCACGGCGGCCGAGCCGGGCUGCUACCUCUUCAACUGCACGCACCGCGGCCGCCCCGUCUGCCGCUUCGCCCCGCACCGCGGCUACAGCUCCUACAGCCGCCGGACCGCCGGCGUCGCCCCGCCGCCCACGGAAGAAGAAUAUGAUGAGCCUCCACAGUGUAAGGCUGGCCAAGACAUUGUGCUGCAGUCACCUGUGGACUGGGUGCUUUUGGAUGGCCGAGAAAGUUCCGAUGACCAUGGAAUUGUGCACUAUGAGUGGACACUGAUGCAGGGUGACUCAUCAGUUGAAAUGCAGGUACCACAGCCAGGAACACUGAAACUGUCCCACAUUCAGGAAGGCGGGUACAUUUUCCAGCUAACAGUGACAGACACUGCAGGUCAGCGGAGCUCUGACAACGUCUCUGUGACCAUUCUGCCCAUGGUUCAUUCUGCAGCAGCCUGUGUUGGGGUUUGCUCUCGCUACCAGUUUAUCUGUGAUGAUGGCUGCUGCAUUGACAUCACGUUUGCAUGCGAUGGUGUGAGACAGUGUCCUGAUGGAUCAGACGAGACUUUCUGCCAGAAUCUCAGCUCAGGUCGGAAGACGGUGACACAUGCAGCUCUUGGCACUACCCAGCAAAGGACUGCAGGACUAACUGAAAACAGAGAGGAAAACUCUGCAGAGAAUACCCUGAAAGCCACUGCCAGAAAUCAACCACUUCUUUCAGUGGAUGCAGACAUGUCUAACCAAUCGCUUUCUCAGGGACCAAAGAAACAAAUCAGUGGAUUUGUGCCAGAUAACAGUUCCUCAGGGAAAAGAACAGAUGAUAAAAAUGGGGAUGGCAUAAUGAUGCCAAAGAGAGAUCAGCUUGGAGGUGGUCGCCCAGUCCCAGAAACAGGUGCUGUGUUACCCUUAGCCUUAGGCUUGGCAAUCACUGCUUUGCUGCUGCUUAUGGUUGCUUGCAGACUGCGCUUAGUGAAACAGAAGCUCAAAAAAGCUCGACCCAUUACAUCUGAAGAGUCCGAUUACCUCAUCAAUGGGAUGUAUCUCUAA